AUGGCUGGCGUGGACCUACUUGACGUACGACGCGAAGACGUUGCUGCUCUUCCGAAGGACAGCGACAACGACAUAGUGAGCGUUGGUCGUCUACACUCGGGGCUGCAGCAGCUUCUAACUACUACUAACAGUGACGCGCUCAAGUCUCAUCCUGCUGGUCAUCUGUUGACGAAGGUUGAACCUACAGUUGAAGAGCAUGACAUUCAUCUGCAACUACAAGCACUGGCGUCGUGCCUCGUCCACGAUGAGUUUCGUGUGCUGAUAGUGAAGUAUCUUCGUCCCUUUCUACUGGACUUGAUGGUGCGACUCAUUGACCCGGUCCUCGUGCUCUACGAACAGCAAGAGCAACAUAAGUAUUGUGAGUGUUCCGAUAGUAUGAAGAAGAGUGAACUCCUUGCUGCAACGUUAGCCGAGUUGUUGCACUAUUUGCCUCCAACAAGCACCUUAGCUCAAGAAUAUUUUCAAGCAGCGCAGUGUUUCUUUACGUUCGCAGACAUUGUCGCACCUCGAAAGCAACAAAGCAACGAGACUGUAACGAGACUGCGACGUAUCGCCAAGACAGCUUUUCUGCUGCUACGAGUAAGACCUACUGAGCUCACGUUACUCUGGAACUGGACGCCGUUUUUCCCGCUUAGUUUCCAUGACGAUAUAUACGUCCGUUGGUAUGCGGCACGUGCCACGGCGUCGAUAUUGAAGAUGGGAAAUCGACAGAGAAAUCAUUUUCUUCGUGAAUUGAACGUUGGUGAGGAAGCUGCAGUAAGUUGCAGUAGUCCUGUGGUACGACAGAUUGAACUAGAGUUGCACUGUGAGGACUUGAAACGACAGGAAGAUGUAAUUGAAGUGAAUGUAUAUCAGCAUCGAAGUGAUAAUGAUGGUGUAAAAUCACAAGCACUGGCUUUCCAUGAAUCGCUAGAGAAUAUCUUUGGUGUAGUUGUUACGACAAGCAAGCUCCGCCAGGAACGACUCGGAUUAGCACAAAAUUCAGUGACCAUUGAAGCGAUGGUUCCUACACCGUCGACGAAGCGGAACUUACGAUCACUUGCUAUUGCACUUGGGUUGAAACAACCGAUUCUGGUGGCAGGUCCUGGCGGAUGCGGUAAGACAGCUACGAUUCGUGAGCUCGCUCGACUUUCUGGCAACGAUGACAUGGUCGAACUGCAUUUAGACGACCAAAUUGAUAGCAAGACGCUGCUUGGAUCGUAUGUGUGCACAGACGUCCCAGGCGAAUUCACAUGGCAACCUGGUGCGCUGACAACUGCUGUACUUGCAGGGCGGUGGGUACUUAUCGAGGAUAUCGAUCGGGCACCAUUCGAGGUGCUUGCGGCGCUAAUGCCGCUUCUUGAAAUGCGUGAAAUGGUGCUUCCUGGCCGCGGCGAAUUGCUAGUGGCAACCUCGAAUUUCCAGAUUUUUGGAACGACAACAAACCGGUAUCAAAUGCCAAAGGGAUUUCAGGAGUCUCUUUGGACGAGUGUUGAUGUCGCGCCUCUUGCAAAUAGCGAAAUCGAGCAAAUUAUGCUGACCCGUUUCGUGAGGAUCCCGCGGCAUGUUGUGUCGAGCAUCAUGACCACGUACAAUGCUGUGUCCGGUAAUACAAGCGAGGAGACGUGUGGUCCUGCGCAAUUAUGGAAAGAGACACGGCGUAAUUACGGCCGUGAUUUUUGCUUGCGUGACUUGCUGAAGUGGUGCAAAAGAAUAUAUCGCUUUUGCUACUCUGCUGCUGGAGCUGCUAGCGAUAGCUCAUGGUCCAAUCACGAAUACAUUACCGAGGAUGAGCGCAUGCGUAUUGUGGUGGAAGCACUAGACGUGUUCUGUGCAGGUAUUCGGGAUUCGAAGACGCGCUUGCAUUCGGCUUGCGCGGUAGCAGCCAUUUGGGAAGUGCAGCCCGAGAAGAUUAAAUAUUACCUUGAGCAACACAAGCCUCAUGUUGCAUUCAGCACACACGAAGUGGAGUUUGGCCGUGUGCAUCUGCCAACAUUAUCACAGCAAGCGCAGCUUGAGCAAGGCGACAAGCCAGCUAGUAGCUCUGUGGUGAUGACUGGCCACGUACUACGUAUAUUGGAGAAGAUGGCAGCCAUUGUAGCGACCUGUGAGCCAGCACUACUUAUUGGUGAGACAGGUUGCGGUAAAACCACGAUAAUUCAGCACAUGGCGGAAGCAAUGGGACAGCGCCUUGUGGUACAAAACUUGAAUAUCCAGAGUGAUGGCUCCGAUCUUGUUGGAGGGUUUAAACCUGUGGAGAUUCACUUGCUCGCUCGCCCAUUGUACAUGACCUUUGUAGAUCUUUUUACUAGUACAUUUUCGCAGAAGAGCAACGCUGGAUUUUUGAACGUGGUUCGAACUGCAUUAGAGCACAAGAACUGGAUUAAACUAGUAAAGGGCAUGCGGAAAGCCGUUCAGAUGGCUGCCUUUAAACUUCACAACAACAGCAAAUGCGAAGCGAUUCGAGACGAACUGGAAGGUACAGAUAGUAACAAAAUGUCCACACCUGGCGCGUCGUCGAGCAUUUUGGUGAGCCAGUGGGACACAUUCGAGGCGGAAUUGGUGCGAUUUGAACGGCAACAAGAGCAAGCUGAAUCGCACUUUGUUUUUUCAUUCGUAGAGGGUGUUCUAGUGAAGGCACUGCGUGAGGGUCAUUGGGUGCUGCUCGAUGAAAUUAAUCUUGCAUCUUCUGACACACUGGAGCGAAUAAGUACGUUAUUGGAGCAUGAAACAAGCGCAUUUUCUCUCACAGAGCGAGGAGAUGUUGAAAUAAUACGCCCGCAUCCAAAUUUUCGUCUUUUUGGUGCUAUGAAUCCGUCAACGGACGUGGGCAAAAAGGACUUACCGCCUUCCCUUCGCAAUCGUUUUACUGAAAUUUAUGUUGACGAGUGUGUCAACCCAUCAGAUUUGCAAAUGGUGGUUCACCAUCAUUUUAAGGAAAUUCCGGGGGCGUUGGUUCCCGAAACGGUCGAGUUUUAUCUAGAGGCAAGAAGGCAAGCUGAUCUGCGAUUAAGUGAUGGCGCAUGUCACAAACCCCGCUACUCUCUUCGUACACUAAGCCAGGCGUUGCAUAUAACACGAAUUUUAAUUCAGCGAGGCUAUGGCACAUCCCGAGCAAUGUUUGAAGGUUUUUGCUCAAGUUUCUCUACUCAGCUUGAAAUUGACUCGCGCCAGUACCUUGAGAAACUCAUUAAGAAUACGUUUGCGAAAACUCUUAAGUCAAAAGAGCUUACCCGCUCCCCGCCAUGCCCUGGACGCUCGAAGAAGACUUCUGAAUAUGUCUUGGUGAGCUCCUACUGGGUUCAAAAAGGUGAUUUCCAGCCUCCACGAGACGACUCGUUGCCGGAUCCAGUGACUACCCGACGAAAGUUUGUGCUUACAAAGUCAGUGGAAGAAAAUUUGCGCCAUGUGACACGGGCAGCAUUAAUCGGCAAGUAUCCUGUGCUGUUGCAGGGACCAACAUCUGUUGGUAAAACAUCUUUGAUCAAGUAUUUGGCAGCUCGCGUCGGUCAAAAGUGCGUGCGAAUUAACAAUCACGAGCACACGGACAUUCAAGAGUAUCUGGGAAGUUACGUAUCGGACUCCAAUGGCAAGCUUGCGUUCAAGAAAGGUGUUUUAGUUGAGGCCAUUCGCAAGGGGUGGUGGAUUAUAUUGGAUGAGUUGAAUUUGGCUCCUUCAGAUGUUUUGGAGGCUCUUAAUCGACUGCUGGAUGACAAUCGUGAGCUGUUUCUGCCAGAAACCCAGGAAACCUUUAAACCUCAUCCGAAAUUUAUGUUGUUUGCAACCCAAAACCCUCCAGGGCUUUACGGUGGACGUAAAGUGCUGUCACGUGCAUUCCGCAAUCGUUUUUUGGAGAUUCAGGUGGAUGAAGUUGCACCCAGUGAGCUUCAGACAAUUUUGCAGGAGCGCAGUUCACUGCCUGCGUCGUAUUGUGGAAUUUUGAUUGACAUUAUGCGGCAGCUGCAGCUUGUUCGGCAACAAUCGUCAGUUUUCGCCGGAAAGUCAGGAUUUAUUACUACUCGUGAUUUGCUUAGGUGGGCUGAACGUCGACCAGCAACUAAGCAGGCUCUAGCUGAGGAAGGAUACUGUUUGCUGGCCGAGCGGUUGCGAAAGGAUGAUGAGAAGCAAGUGGUCAAGCAAAUUUUGGAGAAGAAUUGCAAUGCCAAAAUUGAUUUGAACGCUCUGUAUUACAGUGGCAAGCCUCGUGAGUCCAAUCUGUUGAACCAGAAUGGUGAGAUUGAGCAGGAGACAGUAUGGGGUACUAAGGAACAGUUCGAGCGUGUUCAAGCGAUGGUAGAUCACGCUAUUGAGGAAGCUGCUUUCGGAAAGGCUAGCAACGACGAGCGCAAGUCGACCGGCAAUGCGGCAGGGUUAGAUAAGAUAAGUGUAACAAAGUCGCUCCGGAGACUGUUUGCGCUUGUUGGGCGUUGUUUACAAAACGAAGAGCCUGUUCUCCUGGUUGGAGAAACUGGCUGUGGCAAGACUACCGUUUGCCAGUUGUACUCGCUCCUUUUCGCUCAGCCGCUCCAUAUCCUAAAUUGUCAUCAGCACACUGAGACCUCGGAUUUUCUGGGUUGCUUGCGGCCUGUUCGUGGAAAGGAAAAGACCGUUCAGGAGUUGGAAGAGGCCCUCAUUAGAUAUUUUGUGCUUGAUGACGGAUGCAUUGAUGAGCAGGUAAUCGAGCAGCGUCGAACGGAUGCCAAGGCCUUAGGUGUAAGUGCAAUGCUGACGAAAUACAAGGAGACACGAGUUAGCGUUCUGGAUGGUGACUCAACGCAGCAGAAAGAACUUGUGGAACAGAUUGACGUAUUAAAACGGCGAUUUCAAUCUAUUUUUGAGUGGGCUGAUGGUCCUUUGGUGGAGUCCAUGAAGAACGGCGAUUUUUUCUUAAUCGAUGAGGUUAAUCUUGCUGAAGAUGCCGUUUUGGAGCGUCUAAACAGUGUCCUGGAACCGUCACGAACCUUACUGCUAGCUGAGAAAGGUGGUGACGAAGUAGAAGAGAUAGUAGCUCACCCGAAGUGGCGUGUGAUGGCGACGAUGAACCCUGGUGGCGACUUUGGUAAGCGUGAGCUGUCUCCUGCUUUGCGUAAUCGUUUUACGGAGAUUUGGGUACCAACCAUUUCGGACAUAGAUGAUAUCGCUACUGUCAUUCAUGACAGGUUGGUUUGGUCCGGAGCGGGUAUUCCGCGACCUGUCGCCACGCCUUUAAAGCAAAUUGAUGACUUGGCUGCGCUAUGCAAUCCAAUCUUAAGUUUCGUUACGACAUUUAACGAGGCGAAUGAAGGUGUUUGUGGAUGUGGAGCUGUGACUUUGCGCGACAUCCUCAGCUGGAUUAAUUUCAUCAUUUCUGUCGUGAAAAAGCGAGAAUCUGACUCAUCAUCUAAGCAAAUGGCAUGGAUGGCGUUUGUGCAGGGUGCUGCACUGUCGAUACUAGAUGGUCUUGGUCUUGGCUCUGAUAAAGCAUUACAAUCGGCUCUGAAGGCGAGAGAAAAGGCAUACGACUACUUGAUAGCGCUAGUGCCAGACGAUGAUCUAGUUGUUAAGGAAAAAGUCAUUGACUCGCUGAACGUCACGACGCUAUCUGGUGAAAGCAGCAUUGACCAGCUGAAUUGGAAUGCUACUGCGGGGACCACUGAAGAGAGGUUUGGUAUUAGCCCUUUUCUUAUCUCUCGCGGACCUAAUCCUUUGCGGAAGUCGUCUUUUUCUUUAAAGGCUCCAACAACGAUGUCAAACUUGUAUCGCGUCUUGCGUGCCAUGCAGGUCAGCCGCCCCAUCAUUUUGGAAGGUUCUCCAGGUGUCGGCAAGACCAGUUUGAUCAGUGCAUUAGCGGCAGCUUCAGGUCACCGUCUUGUGCGUAUCAACUUGUCCGAACAGACUGACAUUUCUGAUCUGUUCGGAUCGGAUCUACCUGCUGCCUCUGGUGAUGAGAAUAGCGGCCAAACUGAGGGAGGAAACUCAAGCGACUUGUUCGAGUGGUGCGACGGUGUGUUCUUGCGUGCUUUAAAAGCAGGUGACUGGGUUCUACUUGACGAGCUUAAUUUGGCAUCACAGUCUGUUCUGGAGGGUUUGAACUCAUGCCUGGACCACCGAGGUAGCGUCUACAUUCCCGAGCUCGACCGCGAGUAUAAGUGUCCGCUCUCUUUCCGAGUUUUUGCUGCGCAGAACCCGCUUCGACAGGGCGGAGGCCGCAAGGGCCUCCCAAAGUCAUUCUUGAACCGAUUUACUCGAGUUUUUGUUGAGACUCUGCACGAGCAAGAUCUGAUCCACAUCACGAGCUCCAUGUAUCCUACGCUGGACUGCGCCGUCUCAGAAAUGGGCUUAAGCAAUAUAUCGUCAAAUGGACAGACUUUGCUAGAACGGAUUAUCGGCUUUAAUGAAGCGGUGCAUGAGGACACCAUGGUGAACUGUAAGUAUGGGCGUCUUGGUGCACCGUGGGAGUUCAACUUGCGCGACGUGUUUCGUUUCUGUGACUUGCUUAAGCAACGGCCACAACUAACGAACAGUCCUGAUAGCCAGCUUCAGGCGUUAAGCUACUACGUAAACUUUAUCUAUGUGGAACGUAUGCGUUCUGCUCGCGAUCGCCAGCUAAUCUCUCGCCGCUUUGAAGAUUUUUUUGGCGUAAAGCCAAUGGAUUUGAGUGAGGUUUCACUUCGCAUAUCUGCAGAUUUUGUAGAGAUUGGAAGUGCAUUGCUUGAGCGGCGACAAGAUGGACACGUUGGUCAUGUUGCGCCGCCAAUAUUCAACUUCUUGCUGAGACCAAUGGAGGCGCUGGUGCAUUGCGUGAAUAUGUCAUGGCCGGCUCUUCUCAUAGGCUCACCUGCCAGCGGAAAAACAUCCUCGGUUCGUCUGUUAGCUGCUUUGAGUGGAAAUACGUUGCACGAACUCGGUAUGAGUGCCGGAACGGACGCUACGGAGCUGCUCGGUUGUUUUGAGCAAGUAGAUGUUGGACGAAAACUGCGUGACAUCAAGCAGAAAAUUCAAAUUGUCUACGAGAAAGUGCUUCAGCAGCUGAUGCUUGCAUCCGCGACUAGCGGGAUUUCUCAGAAGAAGAGAGCAACGAUCCAAAAGAAGGCUGACCGUCUCUGCAGUACUUGGUGGACACUCAUCACGCGAGAAAAGUAUUACAGCGAAAAUGCAUCGCUGCGGAUUUCGAAUGGAAAAAAGGUUAAAACGAAAAAGUUACCAAAGGGACAUCUAGAUGAGGUAGUUGUCGAUUUGAUGAAGGAUGUCGUUAGUUUGCUUCAGAAGUCUGACGCCACAAAUGGGGAGAUGCUAUUGAUGCUUGCGGGCUUUAUGAAUGACAUUAACAACGUCGUGCAAAUCAGUAAAUCGACCUCAAUUGCAAGCUGCUUUGAGUGGGUAGACGGAACUCUCAUUCAGGCCAUGGAGAAGGGUCAGUGGGUGCUACUGGAUAACGUCAAUUUUUGCAGCUCAUCUGUGUUGGACCGAUUGAACUCGUUGAUGGAGACUGAUGGUGAGAUGCUUAUUAACGAAUGCGGUAUCAUCAACGGUAGACUUCGUGUCAUUAAGCCCCACAAGAAUUUCCGAGUGUUUUUGGCUAUGGAUUCUCAAUAUGGUGAGGUUUCUCGUGCGAUGCGAAACCGGUGCGUGGAAAUUGCACUUUAUGAGGAGGAGGCAUCGCGUCUAGAUCUUAUUAAGAUCGCGCUGGCGUGUGGAGUUCCAGGGUUUGCUCUCUCUCGAGCUUUCCAAAUUGCCCAUGAGCGCGUUGUCAACAAACUCGGAGAGCAUCUGGUGGCCACGAAAUAUGGUCGCAUUAACCGUCGGUACCUAGAACACUGGUCUUUGUUGGCUUUCGCUGAGCUUUCACGAGGAGUUGAACCCCUUUACGCCAUCACCGAGUCUUUCCAACGUGUAUAUGGUGACGGGUUGCCAGCCCAGCUUGAUUUGAGCCAAGAGAUGUUAGAGCUGUUUCUUGACGCAUUACAAACUUCCCAGCAAAACGACCAAGGUCAGCGUGCGCUUUCAACGAUUGCCGCACCUUCUACAUUGGUGAUGUGUCAGCAGAGCGACAGCUUUGUGCUGCAUCGAGAUAUUGCGUAUCUUGAAUACCUCAUUUUGUCCUCACAGCAGAGCGCGAGUGACCUGCAACUAAGCUGGUUGUCUCCCCAGGUUAGCGCUGCUACCUGUAAAGAUACUCCAGUUUCCGGUGGAGAUAGCAAUUUGAAUGCUUGGCUGGAGUAUAUUGUAUCGCGGAUCAAUCACCAAAAGACGACUUACACGCAGAGGGCUCUAGAGGUAGCCAAUGAUCACCUAUCGUCGAAGUCGUUCUUUGGGCUAGAGAAUGCAAACACGUCUUUAGCAGUGACGCUUGCCCCUUUCGCACUACGUCGUAUUGUGAAAGUAACAAGUACAUGCGACAAUAUAAGUACUCACUGGUCAUUGACAGCGGACCGCCUCUUUUUCGCUUUGGAGAAAAUUGCUCGUGGAGCAAGUGGAAAUACAAACACGUUACGCUCGGUUGAGUUGCUUGCCCGCUUCCUUCGAUCGAUGACGAAGACUGAGUUAAACACCACCAUUUUUCAAAAAGUUGAUGAAACGUUGCGGCAAUUGACAAAUUUGCUGGAAUGUUCAAUGCGCUUGCCUUCCUUGCCAAUGUAUUUUUCAGCCAGCCAUGCGGCUUUCUUAAACUUGCAGUCACUUGUUGCUGAAUCUAUAGCAAGGACCCCGUCCAGAAAGCCCGACCUUGACAACGCUUGGAAGUCUGUGCUACUCGCUCAACGCCAUCUUGAGCUACUGGAUGGCAUUGAAUGGUUAAGGUUCUGCGAGGAGGAACAGUAUCAUCAAGUUGAUGCGCUUUUCACUGCUUCGUCAAAGGACAGCAAGCGCAAACGUAAUAAGAGCAGCCUCCGCUGUCUUAAGACCAAUCUGGACAAAUUGUCAGUGCUACAGCAGUCGUAUGCUGUGCACACAUAUCACGCUGAUCGUUCCAACGUGGAGAAUGAGCCGACGUUCUUGGUUUAUCCGCUUUUGGUUGCUUUCGAUGCUUUCCUUGCAGAGUUGGUUCGAGAUUUUUCGACUCCGAUUAUCAUGAAUCCGUUGUUUUUCGAAGCUGUUAAAGCUGUUUUCCGGGACCGAUUUGAGUUUUCGAUUCAAUUGCGAGUGAAGGUUUUUGAGUGGACCCACUUUCUCAUCCAUUGGCAGUGGCUGAAGAAGGCACUACUGCGACUUGGAAAGCUGAUCGAACAGCAUCCAGCUGGCGCGUUUACGUGGAGCUCGCAUUGGGGUGGCUUGCGGGAGAUGUCCCAGCGUAUGCAAGCAGCAAUCGAAAAGAACAUCGGCUGCAGAUCCAGGAAAGACGUGCUUUGGAAGAAGGGAGGCUACUCGUUACUUCCGAGCAGUGUCGACCUGUGGAAAGCUGAAUACCUGCUUUUAAGGCUUUCCAAGGUGUUCAUGCAAGUCAACUCGACGUGUUUUUCUGCUCUUUCCGUGGGUGCAUCAGGUGGACCUGUGGACGGUAGGGUCGACGUGCUUGCGCUUUUGUUUGGUGGCGUUGCCUCAAUGGAAGCUGCGAUGGAAAGCGGAAGACUGAAUGUGUCGCCACUAUUUUACGUGGAUAUUGAUUCUCGGAAGGAGUUCUUGCAUGCGCUAUGUGCAUUCUCGUACCUAGCACAAGAGCAAACACAAGGAAAAUGUGGACGUGCCUCUACAGCAAAGCAGCCACAUGCGCUGAUGGCGGAAGAAUUGUUGAAGCUGCCUAGUGUACUCCAGAAAAAUCUGCAGAACAAACAGCUGAAGAUGACGGAGUUAAUUUCAAAGAAGACGUUGUAUUUGAGUGAAGCAGAGGAAAGGGCUGACAGUCACGUGGAUUUGCUAAGCGUAGAAGAUAGGCGUAUUGGCAAGGAUGCGCCGAUCCUGCUAUUUAACAUGAGGGAUAGUGCACCUUUCAUGGACCGUAUAGUGACCUUCCAAUUGAGUCCGAUGUUCGAGCAUGCUCUUGCCCGCCAAGAACUUCAGAGUAUUACGGGGCUGGUACACGUGCUAAAUAUGUAUCGCCUGCGCAAGAACAACAUGUCUCAAACGAGAUGCAUUGAGAUAGUCAGGGACAUUUCGAAUGUCCUGAAGUCACUGGAAGUCAUCAUUGAGGAACUACUACGACUGGGGCUUCGCGAUCCUGCUAAUUUCUAUGCGUAUCAAGACAUCGUUUGGUGCGGGCACAAACUCUUUUCUCGGGAAAUUUCUAGCGAGGUGCAAGGUGACCUCACUGCCGAGCUUGAGCGGUUUGUUUUCGUGGUUCAGUCGCACCUGAACAGCGUGCUGUCUAAAUUCCACCAGUUCUUGCGCUGUAAUAGCUUCAACGAAGUGGACCUUAUUUCGCUGGAGAUUUUUGAUACUCGAAAGAAAUUACGCAAUGCACACAAAAGCCUGCCCGCCGUGAAUUCGGACGUUGCCGAUCACGCUCAGGUUAUUGCAGGCUACCCACGUUUGUUUCAGGCCGUCCAAAGCGCAGUUGUGCUGAAAAACAUUGCAGAGUUAAAUUUAGAAGAGUCAAUGUGCCCUACUAGCGAGGCGCAAGUGCGUGCUGCAAGGCUCGAGAAAAUCAAGACCCAUUUUGAAACCAAGCCGGCCCAGUCAGGAGACAUGAUGUCAAUCACAAGCAGCUCGUUUGUAAGAGAACUGUUUGUAGCGACGGUGUUAGCUUUCGAGUCGACAUUCCCAAAGGAUUCCGUGUCUGUUCAGUGGAAGGAAAUUUGUUCUCUUCUGCUUCAGUUUGCGGAUAGUGCGCAAACUUUUGAUGCCAGCGCUCAAACCAAAUUGCUGCAUGCUUUGCGAACUUCCGAGGAUAACACGUUUGUGACGCUAGUUGAUGUACUCGUAGUUCCGUUGGUGACGACUAUGAGUAUGAAAGACAAAGGGCAACAUAGUGGACGCUGCUCAAGUGUGAUUGGGGAGAGCAUGAUGCUUUUGGGUUUGUGGCGAUUCGCGCUACUUCUCCCGUCCUCACCAGUGGAUCCUGUUACGAAGCCGUUGGUCAAGAAGGAAAAUUUGCUUAACCGCUUGGCAAUGCUCACAAUGCAGGAUGCUGUAAGCUCUUCGAUUCGCCGACUUAAUCCUUCGCCGGCGUCAUCGUAUUUUGCUGAAAAUGAUACUCGCUUGUUGCGUGAAUUGUCGACCCAGAUAAUGGAAGUUUCUACUCGUGCUAUCAAGCGAUAUCAUCCGAUCAAGCUGCGCAGUGAUGCUGCAAUGAUGGACUCGGAGGACUUCAGAGUGCAACCUGUGGCAGCCUCUGUAUUUGGUGAGCUCUUCCGUGAUCUGCUGCGCUUUAACGCUACGAUGAUGUCAGCUGAGAAAAUGCUGGCAUUGCUUUCCACCGCUCGAUCACCAAAGUCCUCGCAACAGCGGAAACGCGAGCUCUUGCGUGAACUUAAUAUGCUCCAACAAACAUCAGAAAGCUUCCUUGCUCAAAUGUCGAAAAAGUUUGGUGAGUGCUUUCGCGAUAUAUUGGAACCUGUUGCAGCUGCUAUUUACUGCGUAAAGGAAGGUAUUGCACUCGUAACAUGGUCAUUAUAUGAGAGCCUUAAGGAUGCCUCGCUCAAAAAGCAGCAGAAAGAGGCUUUAGCUCUCUCUCUCGUGCAGUUCCCUUCUACCUUGACCGUUAAAACGGCGGGUCAAUCUUGGCGCGGAAUUCAGUUGAUGCUGCAAAUUGUGGGGACAUCUGCCACGUCAAUUCUGUUCGGUGCGAAUGUAACCAACAAACGCAAGAAUCGCGCGCUAUACUUAACGGCGGUCGAGACUGCCCUUGAUAGCAGCAAGACGCUGUUUGAUCUGUUCCUGGCGAAGUGGCUGGAACAGAAAGAACGCGAGGAGCAGAAACGGAAAGAGGAAGAAGAAUUGUUUAAGUAUAAGGUCCGUCAGUUGGAUGUGGAAACAGAGGAAGAGCUGCAGGAGAAAGAGUAUCGCGAGCAGUUCCCAGAUUACAGCCAUGAUUUUCAAGCAUUUUUGAGCCCAGAUCAAGCAGCAGUAGCUGCUGAGAAAUUGGGUCUGUCGGCACCGGCAGAAAUGGAUUUGCUGAUCACGGACACCAUCAUGCAGCGGUUGUGUGAAACGCACGUGAAGCUGUACGCAGAGACCGCGAACUCUGAAAUCACAAUCACCAAGAGUGAAAUUGUGGACGCAUUUUCGAGGGCGUUUUCGCUAGCGCUUAAGCUGCGCAAGUCAUUGAACGCGAUGGCUUCUACCGCCAUUGAGAAUGCCGUGGCAUCAUCAGGAGUCUUGGCUGCCUCGCUUGUUCAAACUCGCCUUGGUAGUACCGUUGGAUCGAAAAAGAAUGUUGUGCCGUCGAUUCAUGCAAUAAACAGUGACUACAUUCGAGGUAUCGACUUCCAUCGUGACCCACUGGUCAAGGAAGUCGUUCUUGUCGCAGAACCGUUGCAGCGCUUGAUGGUCAAGGUUCAGUCACUUUUGGCUCAAUGGCCCGAUCAUGCUAUUCUACAGCAAAUUGUGCUCGUUGCCGAUCGUAUCCGCAACUUCGAGAUCAGCUCUCCGCUGGUUCGCACGCUCACUGGGGUAGAACUAUUGCUUCGUAAGGCUCAGGAGUGGGAGAUGUAUGCGGCACGGGCUUACUCGAUAAGUGAUGAACUAAGCGCUCUGUCAGCCUUGGUCACGCGGUGGCGAAAGCUGGAGCUGUACUCGUGGCCCCAUCUACUUUAUGUGAAGGAAAAACAGCACCGUUUCAUGGCACAGAAGACGUGGAUUAGCAUGUACUCUCUGCUUACGGCUCAGUUUGAAUCGGACGCUGACAUCUUGCGUGAUAUUGAUACUAGCAGAAGGAAUCCACAAAAUGUGCAGUGGCUUCACCUGAACCGCCUGUCGCUGUGGGUUUUUACACUGGUCAACUGUAAAGUUGGCAUCUCGGCACUGAGCGCUGCCGCACGAGAGAGCCAAGCUAGGCAGCGUGAGUUCAUGACCCGAUUAUUCGAAACAUUGGAUGCUUAUAUUCGUUCAUGUCCUAUCGGCCAAUACGAAACUCGCCUACGUGUGGUGUAUUCGUUCUGCUCACAGCUGUUCAUGGAGCUUUGGAGCCCCUCCGAGCGCCAGAGAAAAUCGACCAACUUUGAUACAAUGCCUUUGAAACAUGCGCUGGCAAAUAUGCUGUACCAUUUGUACCGGUACUACGGGCAACAUUUGGGAUACUUGGAGCGUCAGUGGAGUGGUCUUAAGGCGCCGAUUCAGCGUAAAUUGGUGGAGUUUGUCAAAAUCUGCCGGUGGGAUGAACAAACGUAUUACUCGCUUGCAGAAUCUGCGGAAAAGUCGCACCGCAAACUAAUGAAGUUUGUACGUGAUUACGAUUCUGUGCUGAAUGCGUCCAUGCAAUCCGUUAUUGAUGCUUCAACGGACAGUGGGAUUACGAAGGAAUGCGGUUUUGUUGGAAUUCGCUCAACAAAGACAGAGCUUGCAGGUCUUAGCGACGAUGUUGUGGUCCCAAUGGAUGUUCAGCAGGAAAAGGAUCAGGAUGCUAAGGAGGCUUUUUUAAGUGGAGAGACUACCGAGGGUGCGAAAAUCUAA